AUGAAGGAAUUGCAUUUGGAAACGAACUAUCUGACACACCUUUCGUCUGAUCUCCGAGGUUUAGUAAAUCUUCUUGCUCUGCAUGUUGAUAAUAACCACAUCAGCUAUUUCUCUAACGAUGUCUUUAGAGAAAUUCCUCGGUUGACCACGCUCACCCUGACCAACAACGAUCUGACAACCUUCAAUUCCAGCACGUUCGAUCCGAACAAGUCCACCUUGGAAGCAAUACCUCUUGAUAACAACCCUAUUGUCUGUACCUGUGAGAUAGGGUGGCUGGUAGAAUGGAUAAGAGGACACAUCCAUCUCAUAAAUGCUGAUCAAAGCUACUGCUCAUCCGCAUCUCUUGAUCAUCUUAAACGAAAGCCUCUGUCGACUUUCCAACCUGAUGAGUUCUGCAGUCCUAGCACAACCCUCAUCAGCCUGCUCAUUCUGACAGGAGUUGGUGCCAACGUAACCGCCUUCAUAAUGUACAGUAACCAAUGGGUUUUGAAAUACAAACUCUUUCUCCUUAAGCUCGCCAUCCUGGGGUACGACGAGAUGGAGGAUGCUCGCGGUCACAACGAGUUCUCGUACGACAUCAACUGCAUCAUGUGCAAAGAUGAUGAUGACCAGUGGAUGAAGGACCACCUCAAACCUCUAAUAGAAGAGAAACUACCGAAUUUCCACAGGAACGUGUAUGGUGAUGAGGAUCUCAUCAUCGGCAUGCACUAUUUAGACUCUGUGCACUACAUCGUGGAGCGGAGUUAUAAAACAGUAAUGCUUUUAAGCAGAAGUGCUGUCCGGAACAACUGGUUUCUGGUUAAGUUCCGGACAGCUCUAGAUCACGUCAAUGAGUCACACCUUGAGAACAUGGUGGUGGUCUUCCUAGAGGAUAUCCCUGAUGUGGAACUGCCCUUCCUGGUGUGA